CGCUGCCUGCUUCUCUGCUCCACCACACUCCUGCCGCCAUGAAGCUCACAAUGUUCGUCGUGGGUCUGCUCGGCCUCCUCGCAGCUCCUGGUUUUGCUUACACUGUCAACAUCAGUGGUAAUGAUGGCAAUGCAGACGGAAGUGGACAGCAGUCNGUGAGCAUCAACGGUGUGCACAACGUGGCCAAUAUCGACAACAAUAACGGCUGGGACUCCUGGAAUAGCCUCUGGGACUAUGAAAACAGUUUCGCUGCCACGAGACUCUUCUCCCAGAAGUCAUGCAUUGUGCACAGAAUGAACAAGGAGGCCAUGCCCUCCCUUCAGGACCUNGAUACAAUGGUCAAGGAACAGAAGGGUAAAGGGCCUGGAGGAGCAUCUCCCAAGGACUUGAUGUACUCCGUCAACCCUACCAGAGUGGAGGACCUGAAUACAUUCGGACCAAAGAUUGCUGGCAUGUGCAGGGGCAUCCCUACCUAUGUGGCCGAGGAGAUUCCAGGACCAAACCAGCCUUUGUACUCAAAGAAGUGCUACACAGCUGACAUACUCUGGAUUCUGCGGAUGUCCUUCUGUGGAACGUCAGUGGAGACAUACUAGAGGUCACAGGAAAACACCCUGUGGGCUCUGACCAUCNCAAUGCUUGACUCUGAGAAUGUUCUCUGGGGGUUGUGAUUGGCUUCUUUAAGGCUCAAUAAACCCACGUGGCCGCACA